UUCCUUGAAAUACCCUCCAAAAACCCUUUCGUCUCCCAUCUCAUACCUUUGCUGAAAAUACACCUUUCAAAACCAAAAUUUACGAACGAAAGAAUGGCACAACGAGAGGAAGAGACUGAAUUCAAGGUCCCAGAAACCCUCACCCUCUGCAUCAACAACUGCGGAUUUCCUGACAAGCCCAAGACCGCCUCGAUCCGCUCCUUGGAGAGGGGAAAACCGGCUGCGGCCGUACAGAACCGGCCGUCCGAGCCGGUGGAGAUGGAGGCUCCAGUCCGCCAGGUGAACCGGUGCUCGGGUUGCCGGAGGAAGGUGGGGUUGACCGGGUUCCGCUGCCGGUGCGGAGAUCUCUUCUGUUCGGAUCACCGGUAUUCGGAUCGGCACGUGUGUAGCUACGAUUACAAGACUGCAGGAAGGGAGGCGAUCGCCCGGGAAAAUCCGGUGGUGAAAGCGGCGAAGAUCGUUAGGGUUUGAGGGCAAAAGAGGAAACUUGAAAAAAAAAAAAAAGAAGGCGCCUCCCUUGUUUUUUGAUGCGGAAACAAGGGGACUCGAUGUCGCGACCUUUGAUUUGGUCAUGGACAGAUCUGGAAAAGACGAGAAUUCCAAGAGAGAGAUUUGUUGAAUUAUGGAAAGAUAUAUUCGAUGCAAAUUCUCUUCUGCGAUUUCUUCUAUAAUCGAUUUUCUUUCUUUUCUAAUUUUUAUUUUAAUGGAAUUUGAGGAUUUGUGAACCCA